GUUUCAAGUCAUGUCAACCUGGCGAUCAGGCAUGCACAGCAGCCAUGGUGGUCCUGUGCACGGGGCUCGGCAUGUCUCUCUUCUUCGCGCUCAUGUCUGCAACCACAACAGGGGCGCGCGUGGACGGCGGGGCCCGUGACACGUGGCACUCUGGCUGGUGGCCGCCCAAGCUGCUGCUCUGGGUGGCAUUGCUUGGCAUGACGGUCUUUCUCCCCUUAGGGGUGUUGAGAAUAUACGGCUACGUGGCUGUGGUGGGGGCGGUGAUCUUUGUCGUUAUCCAGCUUGUCAGCAUGCUGAACUUCGUCUUUGUGUGGAAUGACACGUGGCAGGCAGACAAGAAAUGGCACGUGCUGGCGGCAGUGGUAACCGGAGUGUGUUACGUGGCAGUGGCAGCAGCAGCGGCCCUCAUGUAUUUCUUCUUCGUGCCCUCCUUCUCCUGCUCGCUCAACCUCUUCUUCAUCUCCUCGCUGCUUCUUCUCGUUCUCCUCCUCACCCUCGUCUGCCUCCUCCCAGCCGUGGAAUCCACGGGGCUUCUGAGUACUGGAGUCAUGGCGGUCUAUUUUGUCUUCCUCUGCUGGUCAGCAAUCAUGAGCGAGCCGCCCGGGGAGACAUGCAACACACGCCCGAGGCAGACAGGGCAAACAACAUGGACAGAUGUCAUG